CUUCCAUUCCACACCACACUCACACUCCUCUUUCUUGUGUGCCACCAUCCCUCUGCUUGAUAUCCAUCUUGUCCUGAUCCGCGUACUGUGUGGUUUGCGUCCUCUCAAUCCUUCACCAUUCAUUCACGCCCACUCUCAUGUGCAGCCCUGUUUGGCUCCUUGCGUUAUCCAGCUCAGGCAGAAGAGCGAGGGAAUUUUUUUGCACUCAGUUUAUUUUUCGGAAAUAGAAAAUACAAUUAAAUUCUCUUUUUUAAAAUUAAUACUUUCUAAGAUUUUGUUGUUGUUGUUUUUUUGGACUGGUGUAAUUUAAUUUAUUAUUUUACGCAUCAACACGCAGUCAGGAAAGGAUAAAGCUGAAAGCGCCUCGUGGUUUUUGAAUAAUUUACUUAGCUUUGCGGAGGGUGUCGCGGUGGUGGAAGAAUGGGAAUUUAAUGAGGGGAACUAUUCCGGCUGUGUUAAGUUUGCUGAGGUAGGGUACUUGUGAAAGAAAAAAGAGAGAGAAAGAAAACAAGCACCGGGGAAAGCUACGCGUCAUUUCCAAGACACCAGCAACAAGCCAACACCAUUACACCAGCCUGCCGUGUGAAUGGCACACGGGGUGUCUUCCUCUGUUGAACUGGUGCAGGGUAGCCACGCUGUGACCGGGAUCCAACUGAGAUUCUGGGCUUUCCAGCAGCAUGAAAGAUAAGUUCAUCUCCUGAGGCUAGAACUUCCACUCUGGGUUGACUCACUGACAGCUGCAUCCAGAGGUUCAUGCGAACCUUCACAUGUCACGUGCACUGAUCUCUAGCAUUAGAAGACUCAAAGCAUCACCACACCAUCAUGUUUCUACACAAGCGUAUCUUGAACUGCACUCCACCUGCCACACCAUGCAUGUUCAUCUCUCUUCUGCUGGUUCUCCUCCCGGGAGUCACCCGUUUCUCCUACGGCAGCAGGGAUGAUGACAUCGGCAGCAGCCCAGGCAACUGCUCCAGUGAUGACAACUGCUCCGAGGGCGUGGUGCUGCCCAUGUGGAAUCCCCAGAACCCCGCAGUGGGUGACAAAGUGGCACGUGCCAUUGUUUACUUUGCCGCUCUCAUAUACAUGUUCCUGGGCAUGUCCAUCAUCGCCGACCGGUUCAUGUCUUCUAUCGAGGUCAUCACCUCUCAAGAAAAGGAGAUCACCAUCAAGAAGCCUAAUGGCGAGACAACAACAACCACUGUGCGCAUCUGGAAUGAAACGGUCUCCAACCUGACCCUGAUGGCCCUGGGCUCCUCGGCACCAGAGAUCCUGCUGUCUGUCAUCGAAGUGGUCGGCCAUAACUUUGAAGCGGGAGCUCUGGGUCCCAGCACCAUCGUGGGCAGCGCUGCUUUCAACAUGUUCAUCAUCAUCGCUAUCUGUGUCUAUGUGGUGCCGGAAAAUGAAACCCGCAAGAUAAAACACCUGCGGGUGUUUUUUGUCACCGCAGCCUGGAGCAUAUUCGCCUACAUCUGGCUGUAUCUCAUCCUGUCAGUGUUUUCCCCCGGAGAAGUGCAAGUCUGGGAAGCAGUCCUGACCUUCCUCUUCUUCCCCCUGUGCGUUCUGCAAGCCUGGAUCGCAGACCGCCGCCUGCUCUUCUACAAGUACGUCCACAAGCGCUACCGAGCCGACAAGACCCGCGGCAUUAUCAUCGAGUCAGAGGGAGAUGCCAUGUUCACUAAGAUGGACUUGGAGAUGGAUGGACAGGGUGUGAACUCUCACACUCACCCCAAAGAGGCUCUGGAUGGGAUGCUGGAGGGCGUGGAGGAAGGUGGUGGGAUGAGCGCGGAACAAGAUCAAGAAGAAGAGGCCCGCAGGGAGAUGGCUCGUACUCUAAAAGAGCUAAAACAGAGGCACCCGGAUAAGGACAUGGAGCAGCUCAUCGAGAUGGCCAACUAUCAAGUGCUGGUCCAGCAGCAGAAGAGCAGGGCCUUUUAUCGCAUUCAAGCUACGCGCAUGAUGAUCGGAGCGGGGAACAUCCUGAAAAAGCAUGCAGCUGACCAGGCCAGGAAGGUGGUGAGCUGUCAUGAGGCCAGCGGGCAAGAGGAAGAUCCUAACACUAUCUACCUGCAGUUUGAAGACUCUCAUUAUCAGUGCUUUGAGAACUGCGGCUCACUAAAGCUGACCGUGAGUCGGCACGGAGGAGAAAGUGGCUGCACUGUUAAGGUGGAAUACCGGACGGAGGACGGGACUGCCAAUGCAGGUUCAGACUACGAGUUUGCUGAGGGCACUUUGGUCUUCAAGCCUGGCGAGACAACCAAAGAGUUCACUGUUGGCGUGAUCGACGAUGACAUUUUUGAAGAGGACGAGCACUUCUACGUACGCCUCAGCAACCCGCGCAUCGUGCACAGAGCCGAGGUCUCAGUCCUGGAGCCGAGCUCCAUCACCUCCAGCAACAGCAUGGUGGGCCUUCCCUCCCAUAUCCCUCCGAAGGCGGCACUGGGCAAUCCUCACAUCGCCACCGUCACCAUCUACGACGACGACCACGCUGGCAUCUUUACGUUUGAGAGCAACUCCACAAGGGUCAGCGAGAGCGUUGGCAACAUGCAGGUGAAGGUUCACAGGACAUCCGGAGCACGGGGAAAAGUGGCUGUGCCCUACCACACUGUCGAGGGGACCGCCAAAGCAGGGGAGGACUACGAAGAGGUGUCCGGCAAGCUGGAGUUUCAGAACGAUGAGACCAUGAAAUUGCUGAAUGUGAAGAUCAUUGAUGAUGAGGAGUACGAGAAAAACAAGACAUUCACAAUUGUGUUGGAGGAGCCCAUACUGCUGGAGGUGGGACAGAGACACGGUGACACUAAUGACAACAAGACAGCAGUGGGUCCGGAGGACGUGUCAAAGAUGGGCUGCCCAUGUCUGGGAGAGCACACCAGGCUGGAGGUGGUCAUUGAGGAGUCUUAUGAAUUCAAGAGCACAGUGGACAAGCUGAUCAAGAAAACGAACCUGGCUCUUGUUGUAGGGAGCAGCAGCUGGAGAGAGCAGUUUGUUAGUGCCGUCACUGUCAGCGCAGGUGACGACGAUGAGGAGGAGAGCGGGGAGGAACGCUUGCCGUCCUGCUUUGAUUACAUUAUGCACUUCCUGACAGUUUUCUGGAAGGUCCUCUUUGCUUUCGUCCCACCGACUGAAUACUGGAACGGCUGGGCCUGCUUCUUUGUCUCUAUUUCCCUCAUUGGCGUUCUGACAGCUGUGACCGGGGACCUGGCCUCACAUUUCGGCUGCACAGUCGGUCUCAAAGACUCGGUCACCGCAGUGGUGUUUGUGGCCCUCGGCACUUCUGUUCCAGACACUUUUGCAAGUAAGGUGGCUGCCAUCCAGGAUCAAUAUGCUGACGCCUCUAUUGGAAAUGUGACGGGCAGCAAUGCGGUCAACGUGUUCUUAGGCAUCGGAGUGGCGUGGACCAUUGCAUCAGUUUACUGGCAAACCAAAGGCAAGGUGUUCAAAGUGAACCCGGGGUCCCUGGCCUUCUCCGUCACCCUCUUCACCAUCAUGGCGCUGGUGUGCGUGCUGGUGCUGCUCUACCGCCGACGUCCCGCCGUGUCUGGAGGAGAGCUCGGUGGCCCACGGACAGCCAAGCUUCUCACCUUCUUCCUCUUCCUCUCUCUCUGGUUCAUCUACAUCCUGUUGGCCUCCUUGGAGGCGUACUGCCACGUGCCUGGCUUCUGAGACAGAGGGAAAGGCACAGACACAAGUCCUUUCCUUGUUUUUACAAUUUACUGAACGUGUUUUCUCUCCGUUUUUGUCUAUUUUCACAAAGGUUUAUAACUAUUUGUAUCAUUAGUUAUUAUUAAUACGGCACAGUAUCUGACUGACUCUGAUUCUUUGGACUUUGGUACUUUGCUCCCACCUAUGCUGUGAAGGAUACCUUUAGCCACUGAAAAUGAAGCUCUCUUGACUUUAUUCCUUUUUUGAAAUAUUAUAUCACAUGACACAUUUAUCUAAUCAUUUCUAUCACCAUAAAUUAUAUUCUGUCACUUGAUCCAUACAGACAGCUUUUGGCAUUGGAUCCUUUCUCUCUCUGUGGACAAAUUAUUUGAAUUUUUAGAUGUUAAGAAAGCACAAGAUUGAAGAAAACGUCUAGAAGAAUUCUCCUUUUUGGCCUUUGUUAUAUAGCGGAAACUUAAAGAUGGUGCAUGGGACGGCAUUAGAUAGUACUUGGCAUUUACAUUAAGUGGAAGACAGAAGUGACCAGUAAAACAUAUUUGUGUGAUGAUAUUUAUUACUUAGUCUGUACAAUGAUUCAUUGUAUAUCAUGUAAAAGAUGAACAUUGUGCGUGAGAGUGUUGUGAAAGGUGUGCUUAGUUUUGCACGUUAUCAGAUAACAACAGUUUCUUGGUAAUAUAUUUUAAAGUACUGUAUGUAAUAUUUUGACAUGGGUGUUGAUGUGUUGAUGUGUUUGUGUACAUGUGAAUCACAGCUGUAUCAUACUCUAUUCACUGCCUGGUGCACUGUCAUGUUUGACAUAGCCAAGGGUUUUUUUUUGGAAAAAUAGCCUUUUUUUUUAAGUCAACCUGAGCAGAGUGCCUGCUUUUAAUUGUACAAAUAGUUUAAGCACAUUUAUGAUUUUUGUGUAUGCGUGUGUGUAGGUGGUGAGUGUGUGCUCUUUUGCACUCCAGCACAAAUUGUCAAAAAGCAUGGCACUGUCUCCAUUUUGGGGUGGUUUGUUGGUAACAGAAGAGAAACAGAAUUUGAAUAUGGAUAUUAAAAGGACUGCAGUUUUCUUAUCUGUCAUGCUGACACUGUGAACAUUAUUCAACAAUAUCUCUUUUAGGAAAAGCACAGCAGAGAGCAAACGGGCUCUUUUAAAUGAGAGUGGAGUACACUUUGUCACAUCACAAUCACCAAACAAGUCCGUCAUUUGACAUGGAAAAUGUGCUAAAAGAGAAGACAUGUACAGUGUGUCCCGAGAGUGUCUCCUUGUGUUGCUCAGCAGUUGAUACUGAAAUCUGUUUUUUAUUUAACCUAGAAUCUGUAGAGCCAUAUUUAUUGUAACAGUAUAAUAGUAGAGGUAUUUAUAUGAUCGAUUUUAGUUUUAUUGAUAUGCACGUUUAAUGUAUAAAAAAAGUGGAAAUAAAUGUUGCUCAUUUAUUAUGCCGUUA